UAUGUGCUACUACAGAAAAGGAUGAUCUUGAGAGUCAGACAGCAUCCUGUCACAAGCAGUUGGCCGAGGAGGAACUGCCUCAACAAGAAGACAGUAUCUUUGCAGGCAAGAAACCAAAAUAAAAUCUCUUCUAGAAUGGUAUGGGAGACCGUUUAUUUAUACGAUAUUGCACUUUACCAAGAAAAUGUAUUUUGGCAUGGACGGUGAUGUCCUAGUUUAUGUUGUAAAGGUUUUUAGGCAGGCGUACAUUUAUUUUCCCCUCCCAUCCUCUUGACACAGGAAGUUUUUUUGUCCCAUGAUGCAACAAAUGCACUUCCUGGCCUCAAUAUGUCACUUUAAGAUUUUGUUAUGAUCUAUGCGUUCAUGCGUUCUAGCACUUCAGAAAUCAAAACAAGUUGCUCUAAAACCUAUUUUUCUGUAUCCCUCCCUCUCUCUUUUCCCCCUUUUCUGCCCCCUCCCCCUCAUCUCUCUCUCUCACUGAGUGAAAUAUGACAGAACUUUCAAUGAUGUAGUCUGACAGUAGCAAUAUAACCAACAUAUACAAUUACAAUGUGUCAAAACUUCCCACGGUUGAUAAACUUGUUUCACUUUUACAUUCUAGUCAAGCUCUCUGGUUGUGUGCGAGGUGGAUGUGUGAAAGAAAAAUUGAAGAAGUUUAGAUUUUGAAAAGAGACCAACAAUGCAGCCAUCCUGAGUGAGUAAGACUUAAUUGAAAACAUGUUCCUCAGUAGCCCAACUGUCAUCUGUUUCACCUAAUUAAAAAAAACAUACUGUAUGUCUAGGACUCAAUAUAGAAUAAUUAUCCUAUUCCCUCAGUGAAAAUUGACAUGGAGAAACAGCUUGUGAUCCUGGAGGAGGAGUAUGAGGCAAGUUACGUUGUCUUUCUGAGAUGUUGAAUAUCCCAUACUGAGUUAAUAAUUACUAAAAUCCAUCCACACCUUUAUCAAUAACAGUUCAACUCAAAACAUGCUCUCACAUUUCAGGACAUCUCCCUGGAUGACCUGAGGAAUGAACUUCCCGAGCGGCAGCCAAGAUAUCCUUUUAUAACAUGUCGGAGUGAAACAGCAGAAAUCUAUGUUAACCUCAUAUUCACCAGCACUGCCAGUGUUGAGUUGUAUCAUUGAUCAGUGAUUGGAUUUCCUUGACAAUAUAGUGUACAUUCAUUGUUUACAGUUACAAAUACGUCCAUACAGAUGGCAGGGGGUUCUACCGACUGUUUCAUAUUCUCAAGUCCAGUG